AUGUCACGUAAUUUAUUGGAAUAUAUUUAUCAAUGGCGUGAAUCCAAUGUAUUCAUACCUACGGAUAAUAUGAAUCAAGAGAUUAAUAAUGAUUUUUUAAUCUCUUAUCAUCCGACGUUUCAUUCGACGACAAUCCCAGAAGUAGCAAUCGUCCCUCGUCCAAUAGUCAUCCCUCUUCCAAUACCUCCUUUGCCUCCAAAUCCUGGAUAUGAAGAAGAGCUGUAA